AUGGGCGUAGAAAAAUGUCAGCGCCGAGCAAGAGAUGUAAUGUGGUGGCCGGGUAUGAGCUCGGACAUCGAAGUCGCAGUGCGCGCGUGCGAGACGUGUCAGCGCCACCGCGCCGCCAACCCGCGCGAGCCGCUAGCGCCGCAUCCAGUACCCGCCCUCCCAUGGGAAGCGGUCUCUAUCGCUAACAUCAUUCUGUGCUGGUCCAUCAUGAAGGCUUUAAUAUGCAUCGGUCUGCUGGUAUUUGUGGGUAUGGCAUACGCAGCAGCGUUGCCUAACCCCUCGACCGUGGAGGCUGCCCCAGUUGAAUCUGAAGUAUUAAUCCCUGCAGAGAACCGACAUCACAGUGGAGGUUGGGGAGGCGGUGGAAACAGAGGUUGGGGAGGAGGCGGAGGUUGGGGAGGAGGCGGAGGUAGGGGUCAUGGAGGAAGUAGGGGUUAUGGAGGAGGUGGAAGAGGCGGAGGCUAUGGUGGAGGCUAUGGCGGAGGCUAUGGCGGAGGCUACGGAGGAGGCGGAGGCUAUGGCGGAGGCUAUGGCGGAGGCUGGGGGCGC